GUUUUGUUGUUGGUCAUCAACUCAUCAUCUAGAAGGGAUUGUUAAUUGGCCGAAUAGCCUUACAAAAAGGAUUGUUUGGAAACCUUUAAUCAUUGAUGUCACGUCGAGUUACGUUUUUGCAUUCUUUAAAUAACGAAGAUCUAUUGACCUCUUCCUGUUUGUCAUGGCGGAAGACAGAGAAAUUUUACGUGAAAUAUGGGAAGGCAGAUUGCCAGUCUGUUUUACUUUAGCCUCAGAAGAGGUGUCAACACCAAUUGCUCCAGAUCCCUUCUAUCUUAUGGUUCCACGAUUGACUUAUUUCCCUCUUGUCACGGAUAAAGUUCGGAGGCACUUUGUACGGUGUGUUGUCCCAGAAAAGCAUGACAAUGAAAUGUGGCUGGAGUUUGAAAAAUGUCCUCUGAAAUGGCAUUAUCCAAUUGGACUUCUCUAUGAUCUGCUGGUGACAAAUUCAGAAUUACCAUGGCAGAUAACAGUCCAUUUCGACAAAUAUCCUGAUAACAAAUUACUCAAAUGCCUCUCUAAAGAUGUUGUUGAAUCCCAUUUGAUGCACAGCUUAAAGGAAGCCGAUGCUCUAAAACAUAAGAAUCAUAUAAUGGCUCUAAUGCAAGAGCGUGACCACAAGCAACUUUGGUUAGGACUCUUACAUGACAGGUUUGAUCAAUUCUGGUCAGCAAAUCGAAAGUUAAUGGAACAUAGCGCUGAGGAUGGUUUCCGUUACAUUCCAUUUCGUCUGUAUGCCCCUCAGUUUACUACCAAGCCUUUUAUGCAAUAUCUAGUCAAAUCAAUUGAAAACGAGAAGAGACUAACUCUGGAAGAUUUACUUCAGAGGGCGAAUCUCAAUUUUGAAUCUAAAGGACCAUUUCAAGUCGUCAUUCAUGGGAUUGAUCUUCCUAUGGAAACUCCUCUUCAGUGGAUAAGUGAGCAUUUAAGUUAUCCGGAUAACUUCCUGCAUCUAUGCAUCCGAUACUCUUUACCUUAAAUCUAGAGCUAGGCGUUUUUUUUUAUGAUUUCUUUAGGGUCUCCACCCAUACAAUGUUUUGACGAUUUUUUUUCUCUAUCGUGUUUUUCUACUUUUUCAAUAGGACAAGGUUGGUGUCCGCUUAGUCAAGUAACUUUGUAUCGUUCCCAUUCCCCAUUUUGAUAUACAUAGUGUACAUUUUGGCCAUUA